CUCCAGCCUCACUCUGCCCGGUAACUGCUGAUCAUCUGUACAGUCAUUUUCCUAUUGGUGGAUCCUGUAACUCCCGUCCAAUCAGAGCUGAGUUCCGCCCCCAGUGUACAGAGUGACUGUGAUACAUUGUUACUGUUGUGUUAGUCUCGGGUGACACUUGUGUUCUUGUCUCUGGCGGCCCCCAAUAUAUCAGGAUGAGGAAGAUGUACCCCCUCAUUGUGCUUCUCCUUCACCUGUCUGCGGUGUAUUGUGACACUCACACUCUGCGCUAUUAUUACACGGUGAUCUCCGCUCCAGGGUCCGGGCUGCCUGAGUUCUCCAUAGUAGGAUAUGUGGAUGAUCGGGAGAUUGUGAAUUAUAACUCAGACAGCGGAAGAAUGAGACCCAAGGUCCAGUGGAUGGAGAAAGUGGAGCCGGGAUACUGGGAGGAGAACACACAGAUCGCUAAAGGAAAUGAGGCUGUAUUCAAACAUAAUGUGAGGACAGCGAUGAGCCGCUUCAACCAGACUGCAGGUUUCCAUAUUGUCCAGCUGAUGUACGGCUGUGAGUUGGGAGAUGACGGAACCAUCAGAGGAUAUGAUCAGUACGGAUAUGAUGGAGAAGAGUUCAUGUCCCUGGACACACAGACAGGGACAUAUAUCUCCACCAUGGCUCAGGCUCAGAUCACCGCACAGAGAUGGAACAGUCCAGAGGAACAAGAGGGGGAGAGACGGAAGAAUUAUGUGGAGAAUAUCUGUAUCGAGUGGCUGAAGAAACAUGUGAAGAACGGGAGAGAAGAUCUGGAGAGGAGAGUUCGGCCAGAGGUAAAGGUAUCCGGUCAGGAAGAAAAAAAGAAACUGACUCUUCACUGCCAGGCGUACGGAUUUCAUCCUAAACCAGUGGAUGUGAAGUGGAUGAAGAACGGGGUGGACGACCUCCCCACAUAUCAGACCACACAUGUCCUCCCCAAUCCUGACGGCACCUAUCAGAUCCAGGUCACUGCGGAAGUGAUCCCCAAAGAGGGCGACAGCUACUCCUGUUAUGUGGAUCACAGCAGCCUGGGGGAGGAGCCGCUCCUUGUCAAAUGGGAACCUGCAAAGCCGAGUUCCUGGGUCAUCCCUGUGGUCCUAGUUGUGGUGGUCAUCGCUCUUCUUGGUGUUGGCAUUGGAGGAUUUCUCCUAUAUAGAAAAAAGAAACAAGACUACAAACCGACCAGCACUUCAGAGACAUCAUCUGACCAGUCCAUUAAUGCCGCCAAAGCCUAAUGAACCGAAGAGAAUAUCUUCUAGACUACACAGUCUCACCUUUCUAUCUGUCAUUAUUUCAGAACCCGCCAUAUACAAUAAUAUAAUUUCUGCUCAGACAAUUUCAUCCACAGAAACAUCUCACAAAGCAGAGGAGAGUUCACUUACCUAAAUAUUGCCACAUAUAGAGGCCACUAUACUAUUGAGAUUUGUACUGUCCACAGUGAUAGUGCAGAUCAUGUGUGACAUAUUAUUGAGUGAUAAGACAACCUGUAUCCAUGUGCCCUACUAGGGUGUAUUAAUGUCUAAGAAGGAGACCCCUUAUAUGAGAACCCCCUAUAUGAACCAUAGAGUAGAGCUGUUACAGCUGUAAUGGCUGAUUGCCAGUGGUCAAAGUAAAAUAUUUAGCAUUUUGAUUAAUUUGUUAUAUGGCGGGUUUUCUUCAUAAUCAUAUUGUCUCACAUACUAUUGAUUUCCAUUUGCUUAAUAAUUACAAUAAGGUUUUGGGGUUUACGGGAAUCAGUCAUUAGUUUUAGGCAAUGUUCACAUGGCCAAAAAUGGGCAGAAUGUCUGCCCGGAAAACAUGGGUGGACAUUCCGCACAUUUGAAUGUUCCAGUGGGUGCUAGGACCACUCGGAAAUGCACCGUCUCAUAGACAGCAAUACAUUUCUAAGCAAAAUCUGCAGAUAGAAUAGACUUGUCUAUUCUGUUUGCGGACGCCAGAAUCGUGAGUUUGCUCUGUGCGCAGUGCAGCAGAAUUCCAUUAAGAUCAAUGGGACUCUGCUGCAGAAUAUCCCUGCCGAAUUCCACUCCAAAAUUCUGCAUUGUGAACAUAUUGUAAUGCUGCCCAAACCGCAGGCAGCACAAAUCUGGUUCAGACAUCGCCAGUCCGGGACACUAUGAAUUACUCAGAUACACUCGGGCAUUUCAGAGUUAUAGUUUACAAAUUACACCAGGACCAGGGUAACUUGUCCUUAGGGGAGGGGGUCCGAGCAGCUGCUCCCCGCCUGACGGGCUUGAGUGAUGCAUCUCUCCUAUAGAGAGAUGUAGCCACUCAUUUCUAAACUAUGAUUCUCUUAAACGCCCAAGUAUAUAAGGGUAGUUCAUAGUGUACUGGACUGGUGAUGUCUGCACUAGAUUUAUGCUGCCUGUGGUUUGUGCAGCAUAAAACUGAUGACAGGUUCCUUUUAAGCCUCUACAUUUGCAAUAUCUUACAUAGUUAUUCACAAUAAAUUUGCAUUAUAUUUAGGACAGGAUCAGUUUAUCAGUUACAUUAUAUUGCUUUGAUUUAUACUUCACAUUUACUGUCGCUUCAUAUUUUCAGAUUUGGGUUUUAACUUAGCAGUUUUUUAAGUUUUGUUGUAAUUUUAUGGAUUCUUUUUUGCAUUUCCAUGAUCAGUAUAGGAGACCUCACACCACACAGUAAAGAGUUAUAUGUAAUGUAAAGCACCAUUAUCCGUUCUUACACAUCACACAGGUAAAUAAACGUCUGGUAUAAAUAGACUUUUUAUAGAAUUGUUCUUUAUCCCUCCGCUCAUGAAGCUGUGGAGAUCCCAUACAAGAUCCAGGUCACCAUCGUCGCUCUGCACUGAUCUGUCAAUUUACAUUUACUAAAGAAAACGUUUCUUGGUUCAGUGUCAUCUAGUUGAGAAAAGUUUUGUUACUCUCAGUAAGAAAAACAAAAUCCCAGUAUUGCUAUAAAUAAAUCACAAUAUUUCCAAACACCUCAUGUCUCUUUAUCAGACAUGUGGAUCAGAGGGAUAAUGUAAUGUAAAUAAGAGAUCAGGAGCCUCAUAGUUCAGUAGAUGAUGACAACAAAUAUAUUAAGAUUUUAAAGAAUUAUGUUUGUAUAGAAAGAUGCCCCCUGGUUAGUUGAACACGGUCAUAUAGCGGUAUUGUGUAUUUACCAUGAAGGAAGAGGCUCAGGUUGUGCAGGAUGUGAAGAGUUUGAUUAUAUAAAGUCCUGGUCAAGAGGGGACGGAAACUGCAAAUAGGAACAUAAAUGGCGUCCACACAAAUAGUCCCUGGGGAUAACUAUUAUUACUUGUCUACAGUAACCAAGACUAAGAUAUUAGUAAGACGAGGCCUGAGCUGUGACAGAUUUACACUGAGAAGUUUGGCGCAGGAUGUAAUGGGCCAUUUUAUAGCCAAAACCGGUUUUGGACCUUAAGGCAACUUAACUGCAACCAAACAUAUUAUGACACCGUCCACCCAUGAAGUCACCAUAAGGGAAGAUUAUAUUACACCACUAAAUAGUUAUCUAGUCAUGAGGCAAAAAAAUUUAGAUCGCGAAGUUUGUUGGGUUUUUUUGCACAGAAAAUAAUAUUAAUAGAUAAAAUAAGAUCAGAAUGUAAGGCAGUGAUUUCCAACCAGGGUGUCUCUGGCUGCUGAAAAACUACAACUCCCGGACAGGCUGUCUGGUCAUUCCAGGAGUUGUAGUUUUGCAACAUCUGGAGGCACCCUGGUUGGGAAACACUGGUGUAGGGGUUCUACUGUGUGGGCUUGAAAUACAUAGAAUUGAUUGCGAAUAGAUCAUUUAUGAUUAAAUUUAUCAAUAAAGUACAUUUAAACCAA